AUGUUUUCUGCCAGAAAUUGCGCUUCCAUAAAUCAUACCAGCACACCUUCCAUUAACAAUGGAAGACUACUGCUUGUUGCCGACCCACAGAUGACAGACGACAAUUCAUACAACAGGUCCUGGAUUAUCAUGCAGUUAUCCAAGUUUUAUAGCGAGCUCUACAUGAAGAGAAGCUAUCGACAUUUGGAGAACCAUGUGCGGCCAACAGACACUAUCAUCAUGGGCGAUUUAAUGGAUAGCGGCAGAGAUUGGGAUGACACCAAAUAUGCUUCAGAAGUAGAUCGUUUUCGCCGUAUAUUUCCCUCCAAAGCUUAUUAUAUGGUGGGCAAUCACGAUGUUGGGUUUGGCAAUGGCAUACAAAAGCACUUGGUGGAGAGAUUUGAAGACUAUUUUGGACCCACCUCCUACACGUUUGAGAAAUACGGCUAUACAUUUGUUAUUGUCGACACUGUGUCACUGAGCUCAAGUAAUCCAGCCAUACGCAACGACGCAUUGCACAUGCUGGAAUCAUUGAGCAGCAAUAGCACCAUACCAAGGAUCCUACUGACACAUGUCCCCUUGUUCAGAUCUCCCCAACAAACAUGCGGUUCUCAACGGCAAUCAGGCUCGCAUAUUGCAGAUAGAGCAGGAUAUCAAUAUCAGAAUCUAGUGACCGAGGAGCUGACUUUACUCAUCUUGGACAAAGUGGACCCUGUUGCUGUAUUUUCAGGCGAUGAUCACGACUAUUGCAAAGUGGUUCAUCAGCUUCGAGGCAACCACAGCGCUGUUGAGAUUACGGUGCCCACAAUCAGCAUGGCUCAGGGACUGAAAUAUCCUGGCGUCAUGAUACUCAACAUUGAGCAAGGCCAACUCGCAACAGAUUUAUGCUGGUUACCGGAUCAGAUUGGAUUGUUCUUACGCUAUGCGUAUCUUUUGGUGUUUACGAUUGUGUUGCUAUUGACAUGGCAUAUAUUCCAAUACGCUUUCAAAAGCAAUACAAACGGUGCUGGUUAUCAUUUGGCAAAAGAAGAAUUGGGCGUGCAGCAUAUUCAAUUUAAAUCGGCAAAACGUAGCAUGUCGCCCUUUUUCUAUUCCAUUCGAGAUGUAGCCUGGGUUGGCAUCUUGGCAUACAUCAUUUGCAUAUUCAUAUUGUAA